UUACAUAAUUUUGUCACGAGUUUGUACAAUAUGGCGGAAGAUGAAGCUCAAGAUUUAUUUGUGAGAGCGAAGAAACUGUUGGAGGAAGACAACUAUGGAGCUGCUGAAAGAAUUUGCCACCAAUUGCUGUUUCUUUACGAAACAGCGGAUCAUCAACCGGUACAGAAAGCAAUAGCGCUGUAUAUGUUGGGUGCGUGUCUAUAUCACCAACAUAAAGUGAAUGACGCCGUAAAGUUUACGGAACAAUGUUUGUCUAUUGUACAAGAUAUUACACCUCAACAUGAAGAGUUUCUGUCUGAUGUGUUACACGGUAUGGGAGGGUACCUAUACUAUCAGGGCAAGUAUGAAAGAGCAACAGAACAUCUAAGAGAGUCACUCAACAUCAAGCGUAGAUUGUCUUCUGUGGACAAAGUCAACAUGGCAUACACUUGUGUUUUCCUUUCACGUUGCCUUCUCUCUCAAUGUCUGACAAAAGAAGCUGAAUAUGUGAUGAGAGAAGGUUGUGGUUUAGCAUUCAGCACGAAUGACAAUUUUGUGAAAGCAUACUCUGCCACUCUAUUGGCUUAUGCAAUGCAACUAAAUGAAGGAACAGAAGAGGAAGUGAUAAAAUUGUUACAACAGGCUGAUGAAUGGAUUCAAAUGGUGGGAGAAGGGCAGUGGAAGGCACGUGUGUUGAGUGAAAUGGGAGAAGUAUUGGUGAUAAGGGGUGACUACAAACGUGCCAACAGAAUACUGCAGGAAGCAGUAACAAUACAAAGACACUUUUUACCAACCAACCAUCAUGACACUGCUUUAACUGUUUGUCGCAUGGCAGAAAGUCAAGUGAAACAAGACCAACAAAUGGUUGCUUUGCCAUUGUUCCACGAGUCAUCAGAAAUGAUGAGUAAAUCAAUAGGUGUGGAACACCCAAUAAGAGGAAGAAGUUUAUUUGGUGUUGCUAAAGUCCUUCUAAAACAACAGAAGUGGCAAGAAGCAGAAACCAUCCUAAAGGAAAGUGUCAAUAUUUUGCAUCCCACAACAAGUGCAGCAAUUCGAGACCUGAACUAUUGCUUACGAAUGCUAAAGAAAGAUCAAGAAGCAGUGGACAUUUUGCAACAACAUCAACGAAUUGUUUCUUAUCAUCAAGGUGAGCAUCAAGCAAGUGCACGUCAAGUUGAUGAUUUACAAAGAGAGUUGGAGCAGCUCAGAGAAAGCAAUCGAGCCAUUGAAGCAGAGAAAUCAGCUUUACAGCAGCAAUUGGCUGAUCAGGAGGCUGUAACUCGUGCUGUCACUGAUGAGAAUGAACGUCAAGUGGGAGAAGUAAGGAGAUUGCUGCAACUCAUGCAGCAAUGUGACGAAGACAACAAACAACUACAAGCAGCAGUUCAUGAGCAUGAACACCUUGCAGCACAGAAAGAGAGAGAAGCAAACGAACUACAGGAGGAAAUCACAAGAAUGGCAAGUCAGUUAGAUGACGAGGAGAGACAGCUGCAACAACAGGAGGAAGAAUUGGAUGGCAAGAGAAGCACAAUAGAGCAACAGGCAAGCACAAUAGAAGAACAGAGAAGGCAAAUUGAUGUCUUGAGGCACGAGGUGCAAGAGAAGCACACAACUAACGAACGUCUGGAAAGAGACUUGCAGAGAAGUGAAAGUGCAUGGCAGGAGCUGCAACAACUUCAACAUCAAAGUGACAGCCUUAUACAGAUCCAUGAUGACAGUUUACACAUGACUGGAUUAGAGUUGGGAACAGGAGCUUAUGGAGAGGUUGGUGUGGGCAUGUGGCGUGGUGUAGCAGUUGCUGUCAAGACAUUUCAUGAAGAACCGGUUAGAGUAGAUGAACUCAACAUUUCAUUCAUUAGACGUCAAGUGUCGGUGUCCAGUCAUGUCCAUCACCCCAAUGUCGUAUUCAUCUGUGGAGCUAUCAUUGACAAUGAAGUUCCUCUUCGUAUCGUCAUGGAGCUUUUGGAAGGAUCACUGAAAGAUGUGAUCAAAGCUGCUUUGAGAAGCAGAUAUCUGUCCAUGAGGGAACAAGUGGAUAUAGCUGUGGGAUGUCUGUGUGGUGUGAUGUAUCUUCACCAACUGCAGCCUGCUCUUCUCCAUGGAGACAUUCGCUCUACCAACAUCCUCAUCAGCAAGACCAUGCAAGCCAAAAUCGGUGAUCUGGGCUCUUGUCGCUUCUCUAACGAGUCACUUUCUGUUGGUCCUCUCAGUCCACAAUACAUUGCACCAGAACGAGUUGUGGAAGGUCGUGGCCCUGCUUCACCCAACACAACAGAAGCCGACAUGUACAGCUUGGGAGUCACGUUUGUCGAGUUAUUCACAGGAGUAGGUGCAGAGAUGAAACGGCGUAAGAGUCAGUUUCGAGCUGUUCCUUAUGUUCCACUGCAAGACAUUUGCUAUGCUAUGGCAGAAGAGAAUCCACGUGAUCGCAUUUCUGCAGCAGCAGCUCUCAUGCAAGUGAAUGCAGUGAAGCAGAAUGAUGAGUACACUUCCUGUCCUCCCAAAAGGAUGGUAAAAGGCAAGAAACGCAAAGAAGACAAAGUGACACUCGUAGAGAUGCCGUGGAUGUGACUUAGGAGCAGAUAAUUGUGAUGUAUUUGUUUGUCUGUUUGUCUCAAUUCAUCCAACUUUGCUGCUUGUUAUAAAUGCAAUAGAUGAUGUUGCAUGUGUGUAGUCUGCUGUGCAAUAUGAGUUGACAUUGAACUUUUUGAUAGUCUAGCAGUCAGUCUCACAGUUCUUAAUUUACAGUUUCACUUUGUGCUGAUGUGAACUGAAAACAUUUUUUGUAGCCUUUUCUAAUACUGUGUCACUUUUGUAUAUCAAUGCUGCAGCUGAGUAUCAAUCUUAUAAUACAACUUGCCAAUUGAACUCAAACUCCA